AAUUGCGCAUGCGCAGUCCACGCUAACAGAGAGUGAGUCGAGCAGAUGCUUUAGUCGUGGAAAUUAAUUUACAAUAUCUGCGAUUAUAGCGGAGAGGAUACUCUGAAAUGGCUAAAAAUGAACAAGUGUUGAUUCUUGAGCCAGCUGGUGAACUACGUUUCAAAGGACCAUUCACAGAUGUAGUGACAGCUGAUUUGAAACUUAAGAAUCCAUCAGACAAGAAAGUAUGUUUCAAGGUAAAGACAACAGCACCCAAGAGGUACUGUGUCAGGCCAAACAGUGGUAUCAUCGAGCCUGGUCUCGCGGUCACAGUGGCAGUAAUGUUACAGCCAUUCGAGUAUGACCCAACGGAGAAGAACAGGCACAAGUUUAUGGUCCAAACAAUGUUUGCUCCAGACAGCAAAGUGGACACUCUAGAACAAUUGUGGAAGGACGUGACACCAGAGAACUUGAUGGACUCGAAGCUGAAGUGUGUGUUCGAUAUGCCCGAGUCAGCACAGCAGUCAAGUGUGGCGGACGUGGAGGAGAAGCCUAAGAUUGUACGUCCCUUGGAGACACAAGCUGUUAAGCCAGCGGUAAGCAGUAGCACAGACCCGGAGCUGAAGAAGGCAAUGGAGGAGUGUUACAAGAUGCAGAAUGAGAUCGGACAACUAAGGGACGAGAACAGCAAGCUAAAAGAUGAGGGCAUCCGUCUGCGGAAAGUGGCAAUAAAAGACACUGUAUCCUCCACGCCCACAUCCUCGUCCUCGUCGAUGUCAACACAGGCCAACCCAGCCAUGGCUCUCCCCCCAGUCGUAUACAUCAUUGCAGCUGUAAUACUAGGCUUCAUUAUUGGCAAAUUUAUCCUCUAAUCUUAUCAGACAAAAACAAGAAACUUUUAACAAACCCUAUUCAGUUUCAAGGGAGAUAACCUGUAUUCAGUUUUCAAGGGGAGACAAUCCGGUCUGUUUCGUUGCCUGGAGAUCGACUGUACAAAUAGUAUAGGCAGUUGGCGGAAAGACCCAAGGUAGCCUCGUUACCAGGAUGAGGGCAGGAUGCUAGGCCAUCUCCAGGGUGUGGGCAGGUACAGGACACGAUUCAUUGUUGCACUGAAGGAAUAAAUAAUGCAAAAACUAAGGUUCUAUUUGUGAGAAUGUAAAGGCAUUGAAUUGUUGUAGAUUUCUGCCAGCACUUUGAGUGACUGGUUGCUUGUAUAUUUCCUUGCUUACUGUGUAAUUAUGUUUUCCCAUGAUCAGUGUUGACUUGCUGUGUCAAUAGGCAUGUGCUGGUUUCAAGUAAAUUUGUGGCCAAUUUAGAUCAUUUAAUCGUUUAAGGCUCCCAGUUGCUACAAUUUGAUCUUUUUGAUUUUAUUUUUUUUAUCACAUGUCUCUGAAUCUUUGUUUUUCUCUCCCAAAUUUGAAUUAGUGUUCAGACAAAUCUGCAGGAAUGAUUUUAUGUACAUAUGCAUGAAGGUUGUUUUGAAAAUUGUGAAACUGGUUGCAAUUGUUUGUUUCCCAUCAGCACAUUAAAUAGAAUAUUCAUUUGAAAAUGAUUACGACUUUGUGUAAUAUUUUGUUUCAAAAUUCCGGUCUGCACAGAGAUCUAUUUAGACCUGCUCAGAGGCCGUUUUAGGCCCCAAGCUUGAAGCAAUUGACACUAAAAUUUCGCAAAUUGGAAUAUAUAAUUAUGAGAUAAUAAUAAAGUCAUGUUAUUAUGGUAAUAAGAAAUGUUAUAGUUUUACAGAGGUGACUUGCAUGUCACUGAUAACCGGACCAAUCAACAAGAAGGGUUUAAUGUUUAGUUUUGCAUUUUUAAAAUACAACUGAAUGUACGAAAUUAAAGACUUCAUAAAAUUCCCAAUUUUGAACCAAAAAAAAUUUCCCCCCAAUUUUUCUGCCAAGUGUAUUUAGUUUAGAAUUCUAGAUAAAUCCCUGCUGCAACAAGAUUAUUGUUAUUAUCAGAGUUGAGUAACAAAGUUGGGCAUAAUCCUAUUGCUUGAAAUUAAGGUCAGAAAUAACCAUCAUCAUUUUUAUACAAAAACAUACAUUUUUCCAAUUAUUUGAUUCGGACCAUUGGUUAAAGACAAAUGUAUGAACGAUUCUAUGGUAAUUGGGAUGUCUUGAGUUUAAGGGAAACAUUUUUGCAUUUAACAAAGGCUGAAUGUUACUCUGAACAAUUGUGUUUCUGCUACUAAUCAGUUACUAUUCCAUGUCAAGGGUCAUACCAGUCCAAAAACGAUGUGGCAAUCAUCAGUUGUAAAGUGUGUAUGAAUGGGAUGUUAACAUGUGACAAGUGUCUAGCAUAGCCUUCGGUCUCCUCCUGUUUUCACAUUGCUUGCGCUUCCAUGAGAAUUUGGUCUGGACUUCUAUCAGCAUUAGAAACUGCAUCGACCCUGUGUUGGGAUAAGACAAUGAUCUAGUCAUUUAAAGAAUUACCACCUCUUCUUGUGUGCACUAGGCUUGGACAUCGGUCUGAAUUUAGAUUCAAAGCCAUUCAAAAUACACAUGGGUGUCUGCCAAUGCUAGUUAUAUCAUGUUGAUCAAUCUGGCAGGUAAUGACUCACCUAAUUACACAGAAAACAUUUGGUCUGACACAAGUCAUUUCUUAACACGUCUAGACCUAGACUUGAAACGUGACCAGCAUGCAUCUGCGUCCCUCUUUGGAAUAGAGGGGUGGUCGGGGGGGCCUUGUGGUUUAAAGCGUUCACUCAUGAUGCCAAAACUCAUGGGGUCGAUUCACCAUGUGGGUGUAAUCUGUGAAACCCUUUCUGGUGUCCCCCUGCCCUGAUAUAUAUGGAAUAUUGCUGAAAUUGGCAUAAAACCAUACCCUCUCACUUUAGAUUUGAGAUUAUGAAACAAACCUAGUCAGUUAUUUCUCUCUUCAGGGAACUGAUGGUAAUUAUUUCGUGUAAUUAUUUCGUGUUAAACAGGAAGAGAGAGAAUUGCAUCAUCAGGGUAUAGGGCUAACAGCUCCAGGCCGUUUUGUUUGUUUCUGAUGCUGAUGGGCACAUAGUGAUCACAGUAGACACAAGCUAGUUUCUGCAGGUUUCAUAUAUCUCAAGGGAAGGAAAGGAUGAAUAAUAUGGAUGUAUUUAAGUGCUUAAAAUGAAAAUUAAGCACCUCAUAACCAUAUUUUCACCAAACACAACAAUAACAAUGCACCAUUUAUACUAUGCUUGAUAACUAGUGCUGAUUUGCCCAUAUUGGCUGUGCAUGAUAUGCCAAUAACAGCAGAUCCAGGACAUGCAAGCUGCUUUUGUGAACACAUCCCCGAAUACCCAGGGAAUAGUCCUGUCCUGACCAACAUCAAACCACAUAAUAGGAAUCAUUUAGACCUAACAAUUAUAGGACUCCAUGGCAGUUACUUAAAACUGUUGAUAACCCCGACAUCAUCGAGGAAAGAUGAAAAGUUGAACAGUUGUCCGGCCACCAGGACCUGUUUCACAAAGGGAGCUUAUUGCCAGGAUCGAUUCCGGGGUAGAAUAGGUCUUCAGCAACCCAUGCUUGCCGUAAAAGGUGACUAUGCUUGUUGUAAAAGGCGACUAACGGGAUCGGGUGGUCAGGCUCGCUUGCUUGGUUGAUGCAUGUCACCGAUCCCAAUUGCGUGGAUCGAUGCUCAUGAUAUUAAUCACUGGAUUGUCUGGUCCAGACUUGAUUAUUUACAGACCGCCAUCAUAUAGCUGGAAUAUUGCUCAGUUCGGCGUUAAACAACAAUCCAACCAACCAAUCCAGCCAGGAUGAUCGUAACUCCCGUACAUUAACAGUGACUUAUGGAAGUCGUAACACUAAGAUCGUUUUGUGAAGCCGGUCUUUGGUAUGGCUUGGGACACCCUCAUGGUUAAUGGAUAUGCUUGUUGUUUCAAAGUCUGGGGUGUGAUUCCCCACAUGGGUACAUAUAGUGAAGCCCAUGUUGGGGUCAGCUGCUGUAUCAUGACUGGAAUAUUGCUAACAAAGGCGUAGUAAACACAGCUCGCUCUCUGUCUCUCUCUCUCCCAAGAACAUUUCGAUUUCGACAAGAGAUCAAAUGUGAAUAUGAUUGGUUAAACCCAUGCUGUUAUUUAGCCUGUUAUAAAUGUUAUCACGCUUCAAUGAUAUGAAGUAUACUACUCAAAAGAAGUUAAGGACCACCUACUUCUUUCAUUUUAUAGUUAAUCUGUUCUGAAUCAGGUGGUCCUCAACUUCUUUUGAGCAGUAUAUAUUAGAUGAUGGAGAGUUGUGUCCCUGGGAAUUCAAACAGGAUGUUUAGUAGUUUGAGAUAUUGGUAUCUGUGGAAAUAGAACUGAAUGAAAGAAAGGAUAUAUUUAUGAAUAUUAUCUGUAUAAUAGUUUCCUUGUGAACAGCUUUUCCUAUGAGUUUAGAGUAGCAUGAUAUUAACAUCUAUUUUAAUAAUGAACUGGAAUUAAUAUUUGGUAAUGGUUAUGAUAUGAAAAUACUUUCAAAUGUUUAAAUUUUAACUGUUUGUAUAUUCCGAUGUUAACUCACUGACAUAAUUCUGGACUACAUUUUUAGAUGGUUAUUUUAUUAGAAUAAGUUUUAAAUAUAACCUAAAUUUCAAUUGCUUGCACACUGCCCCUCACCUUGCUUUUCCCGUCUUCGUUGCAAAGUGGAAGUGUGUGCCUUGGUUUCUAGUGGUUUAAUUUGCAAAAGAAAUUCAAUAUUGUGAUAAACAUUUUGCAUAUGCAGUUAGUCCUUCCUUCACAGGUUUAUAAGACUUGAAUGGAAAGACACCAAACUUAUCACAGGCAGGAGUGGUUAUGUACUCUUAAGCUGUGGGAUCACACGCAUCGUAACAGGUGAUGAAUUUUGUAAUGUCAUCAGUACGUACUUUUCUUCAGGCUAUGAUGUGUGAAAAAACUCAUUUUGAUUUUCGAGGAAGGUUUUAGAUAAGUAAUUAUGAUAAAUUAUUAAUGUAAUGCAGCUCUAUUGUCAGGUUUUCAUAUUGAUAUGAAACCAACAAGUAAGAACGUGAAUUUGUAUUCUCUUUGAGUUUCUCUCAGAAUAUUAUAUUUACUUGUAUUAAUCGUUUAUUACUGAGCAGUCAGUGAAUCAGCAGAGGUCUGUCUUUAUCAACUUAAUGAGUUACCUCCCUUUGUAACAUGGUGGGUGUAAAACUAAAACUCAGUAUAAAAGAUUUCAGAUUGUAACAAACCUGUGAGGUGCUACCUCCCAUUACAAGAGUUUGUGGUUACUGCUGCCUGUGUUGAAGGUUUUGGUCGCGGUGAAGUGUGUAUAUAAUUUAGUGCCGUUGAUGUUUGUUAGUGUAUUAUAACUACUGAUUAUGUCCACAAACAGCAGCUAUUGUUUGACUAAUGCAUUGUUGUAAUAUACCUUACGUUACCAAGCUUAGUACUGAGUUAAUCUAAUGGGGAGGAGGGUCACAAUGGUCCAGAAAUUCAAGAAUACUUACAACAAAAAACACACUCUUAAUUCACUGGACAUUUAAACACUAUGUGCGCUGAACUUCACUUUAGUCAAUGUAUGUUCAAAAUAUGUAAGAUCCAAAAGUAUAUUCACUUUGAAAUUUAUGAGUGACUUAAUUGGAGAAAUUUAAUCUAACAAGAUUUUGAAAAUUAAAAAGUAAGAAAUGUAUAUUUAUUUGAAUUUGAUCAAGGUUUCUAUUGUUUGUGAAGCAAGAAGAUGGAAGUUUAGCUUACACAAUGUUUCUAUUGUCCUUGAGAUUACAGAUGCUAACGUGGUACAUAUUCACCUGACUUUGGGUUAUCUAGUUGACAGCUAUCUUCGACAUCUGAUUGAUAGAUAACUGAAAUCUGAGUUGUUUGCAGUAAAGGUUAGCAUUGAUUCUGUAUAAAUGUAUUAAUUUAUUCAACUAAUUUGGACACUGAGGUCCAGGAUGUGGCUAAAACUGGAACCAUCUUGAUUAAGCAUUUUAGUUCAUCUUGCAAUACUUUAUUCUACAGAAUAAAGAAUGUUCCAGAUCAUCA